GAGAGAGAGAGGGAGGGAGAGGGAGGAAUAAAAAAAACAGUGAGAGAUGGAGGUGGCAACGUUGGGGGCACACCACCGGAAGCAAACGUCACUGACACAGGAAUGGGCUAAAAUCAUCUCAGCAGCAUCAGAAGCAGAUAUGGCUCAUAAAUCCUGAGAGGGUCUUUGUCUUGUUUGUUUUUUGGGUUUCCGCCGGUGAAAGUAUGAUGUGUUCGCUGAGGAUCGGUUUCCAGGCUGUACUGAGGGCGCCACACAGCUAAAUGGAGUCGGAGCAGCUGUUUAACAGAGGCUACUGCAGGAAUAGUUAUAACAGCAUCACCAGCGCCAGCAGUGACGAAGAGCUGCUCGAUGGCGCCGGCGUCAUCAUGGACUUUCACACCACUGAGGACGACAAUCUGCUCGACGGGGACGCUUCCCCAGGCUCUAACUACGCCAUGUCUAAUGGUGGGGGUGGAGCCGGAGGGGUGAGUAGCUCCACCCACUUGCUGGACCUGUUGGAGGAGCCCAUCCCAGGCGUAGGAACCUAUGACGACUUCCACACUAUUGACUGGGUCAGAGAGAAGUGUAAAGACCGUGAACGUCAUCGCAAGAUUAACAGUAAGAAGAAGGAAUCAGCAUGGGAGUUCACAAAGAGCCUGUACGAUGCCUGGUCUGGGUGGCUGGUGGUGACUCUGACAGGACUGGCUUCAGGUGCGUUGGCGGGUCUAAUAGACAUUGCUGCUGAUUGGAUGAAUGACCUGAAGGAGGGUGUGUGUCUGAGUGCCAUGUGGUUUAACCACGAGCAGUGCUGCUGGGGGUCCAAUGAGACCACAUUUGCUGAAAGAGACAAAUGCCCACAGUGGAAAACAUGGGCUGAACUCAUCCUGGGCCAGGCAGAGGGUCCUGGUUCUUAUAUCAUGAACUACUUCAUGUACACGUACUGGGCUCUGGCCUUUGCCUUCCUGGCGGUGUGUUUGGUUAAAGUGUUCGCUCCAUACGCCUGUGGCUCAGGGAUUCCCGAGAUAAAGACCAUCCUGAGUGGUUUUAUAAUCCGAGGCUACCUUGGAAAGUGGACUCUGAUGAUAAAGACCAUCACUCUGGUGCUGGCUGUGGCGUCUGGCCUCAGUCUGGGGAAGGAGGGGCCACUGGUGCACGUGGCCUGUUGCUGUGGCAACAUCUUCUCAUACCUCUUCCCCAAAUACAGCAAGAAUGAGGCCAAGAAACGAGAGGUGCUUUCUGCAGCGUCGGCUGCCGGUGUGUCAGUGGCAUUCGGGGCUCCGAUAGGAGGAGUUCUCUUCAGCCUGGAGGAGGUGAGUUAUUACUUCCCCCUGAAGACACUGUGGCGGUCCUUCUUCGCCGCCCUGGUGGCAGCGUUUGUGCUGCGCUCCAUUAACCCGUUCGGAAACAGUCGCUUGGUGCUGUUUUAUGUGGAGUACCACACGCCCUGGUACCUGUUUGAGCUCUUCCCCUUCAUCCUGCUUGGUGUGUUCGGAGGUCUUUGGGGCGCCUUCUUUAUCCGAGCCAACAUUGCCUGGUGCCGCAGACGUAAAUCCACACGCUUUGGUAAAUACCCGGUGCUUGAGGUGAUCACGGUUGCUGCCAUCACAGCCAUCGUAGCGUUUCCAAAUCCGUACACACGGCAGAACACCAGCGAGCUGAUUAAGGAGCUGUUCACAGACUGCGGGCCGCUGGAGUCCUCUCAGCUGUGUCAGUACCGCAGUCAGAUGAACGGCAGCCAGGCGUACCCCGAGGGCUCAGAUGCAGCUGCCACGCCCGGCGUCUACUCCGCUAUGUGGCAGCUCAGCCUGGCGCUCAUCUUUAAAAUCAUCAUGACUAUCUUCACAUUCGGCUUAAAGGUGCCCUCAGGUCUGUUUAUCCCCAGCAUGGCGAUCGGGGCGAUAGCAGGGCGAAUCGUGGGCAUCGCUGUGGAGCAGCUGGCCUACUACCACCAUGACUGGUUCCUGUUUAAGGAGUGGUGUGAGGUGGGCGCAGACUGCAUCACUCCAGGCCUCUACGCCAUGGUGGGAGCGGCAGCCUGCUUGGGUGGUGUUACACGGAUGACGGUCUCUCUGGUGGUCAUUGUGUUUGAGCUAACGGGAGGACUGGAGUACAUUGUGCCUCUGAUGGCAGCAGUGAUGACCAGCAAGUGGGUGGGAGACGCGUUUGGUCGUGAGGGAAUCUAUGAGGCACACAUCCGGCUGAACGGAUACCCCUUCCUAGACGCCAAAGAAGAAUUCACACACACCACACUGGCACGGGAGGUGAUGCGUCCACGACGGAAUGACCCACCCUUAGCAGUGCUGACGCAGGAUGACCUGACACUGGCCGAACUGCAGGCCAUCAUCAGUGAGACCAGCUACAACGGCUUCCCUGUCAUUGUUUCAAAGGAGUCCCAAAGACUGGUGGGCUUCGCCCUCCGCAGGGACAUCACUAUUGCAAUAGAGAACGCCCGGCGGAAGCAGGAAGGCAUCAUGCUGAACUCCCGUGUGUAUUUUACCCAGCAUGCUCCGACCCUGCCAGCGGACAGCCCGCGCCCCCUGAAGCUCCGCAGCAUCCUGGACAUGAGCCCCUUCACCGUCACUGACCACACGCCCAUGGAGAUCGUAGUGGACAUCUUCCGCAAGCUUGGCCUGCGCCAGUGCCUCGUCACCCACAACGGGAUUGUAUUGGGCAUCAUCACUAAGAAGAAUAUUUUAGAGCAUCUGGAGGAGCUCAAGCAGCACACGGAGCCCCUGAUCGAUGACCUCUGACCCCACUCAUAGCACCGCCUCCUAAAAGAUUGGCGAGUAACAGCCGUGUGUAGCCGAUCGUUCCUUUCUAUCUAUUCAUUUACUCUUUAUUUAUUUACCUUUAUUUACCCUAUAUUUAUCCUGUUUAGCUCCCUUAGUAGCUGUGAUAGUGAGGUGUUGUGUGAUCUUACCAUGGUGAAUCGUCGUGGCUGUAUAGAGUAGUUACCAUAGCAACACCCAUCCCCAAACCAACACCCGUCCCCACCCCCCUCACUCGGUACACCCCGCUAUCCCCUUCUGACUGUGUCUGUGCUGAUUCACCGAUGACGUUUCACAAGCGUUUCAUGCCUCCUGCUCUGUGUGUACUAACCCCUCCACGUCCCGUCCAGUCUCGUACACGGCCAGCUCUCUUUUUUUCCCCCCUGUCUGCUUUCCAAGCUGACGCCCGGUUUGAAGCGCAGUGCACUGCAUCAAAAGAAAAGGCGGAUAGUUUGCACAUUGCUAUUAGCCUGGAGCCUUAAACUUGCACUGUAGGCCCCAUUUACUGAAGCUAAUUAGCACAUGCAGUUUAUUUUUGCCUCCUGCAAAACCAGUAACUGAGCCAGUAAUUGGGCGAUGGCUUUGUCCCUGUCUAGUCACUGGUCAUGUUCCUGGAGUUGCAUGUGCUAACCAUUUUAAUAGGUGCUUAGUAAAUGUGGCCCAAUCUGUCUAAACCGGGAGCCAUACUGGAUUCAGACUGUUCAGUCUUAGACAUGGUUUUGUUACUCACAGCGCUUUACUGCACACUCUGUUCCCUGUUACACCUUCACACGGACGACUGUGGAACUCAAGCCUUUUUCCAUGAUGAAAUUCAAGAGCACAUUUUAUUUCACUAGUAGUGUUUGGCAGUAUAGAGAAUCAGAAUGGCAAUCAAAGAUCUGUUACCCCAAAUUUAAAGUUUUGUAUGCAUUAUGCUGCAUAACGGACCAAGCUUCAUAUGUGCUUUUGAAUUCUCUCGACAGUGCUGACUGGUUUUGUGUGUGUGUACAUUAGUUUCUUCAGGCUGAAAAUCAUGGAUGAGUCGGCGGUGUGUUCACUGUGCACUCUCUCCCUUGUGUUCUUGAUUCGUCCUCACUGGCUCACUCUAGGUGCUGCAGGCAACUGGUCAUCACUCCUUAACGUCUCCCUCCCAGUCUGUCUGUCUGCCUGUCUGUCUAUCUGUCUGUCGGUUUGUCUGUUUUCACAAAGCAGAUGCUGGUAUCUUUUUGUUGGCAGAAUUUCAGAAGGAGGAAAAAAGGACAUUUCUGGUAGGGGGUGAGCAAUAUGACACUAUAGCUAAACAGAUUACAUUAUCAGUAAAUUAUGUAACAGUAAGUGUUUAAAAGUGGUGUCCUCAGCCUCACAAGAGGAAUAGCUGUCUAAGUUUUUGUUCUGUUGUCUGGAGAUCAUGAGUUUAAAUCCUGAUGAUGCCAGGGAUUCAAGAGAUAACUGACCCUGCUGAAUUGAAUGUAGUGUAGUGCAGUAUUUGAAAUGUUGAGAUAAAAAUACACUGCACACAUUGGCCCUUAUUUAUCAAAGGUGCGUACAACCAAAUCUAAUAGUAAAAUGAGUGCAUGCUAAUUUCAGUUUUGCUAUUUAUCUUUUCAUCUUUGGCAUGUUUGUAUCAAAGUCUGGUAAGAAAAUUGAUAAUUUGAGCUUAAUAGUUUAAUGAACUGAAGAAAUCAGUUUGCAGUUAACUAACCAAAACUAUCAUCUAUAUUACCAAUAAUAAAAACAAUACAAAACACAGCUAGUGCAGUAGCAUACACUUAAGUAAUACAGCUUUUAUAUGUUAUUUUUGAAAAAAAUAACACACUACACAAUCACAUCAUUCUGUUGUCUUAAAAGUCUUAAUUAUUAUUAUUUUAAUAUCUUUCUACUUAUCAUUUUAACAAUAUAAAGUUUGAGUCACUGCUAGACCACAGACUCUGCUUACAAGCACAGCCAUUGGCUCAUGAGCCGCUGAAUGCUGUCGUUUUAUCGGCUCACUACUGAAUCAUCUGCUUGAAUUAGGUCAUUCUUCAUGUAAAUGAUAAGUAAAUGAGGUGCUGGUAGGCACUUGAUUUCACACACUGAAGCUGAAUUUAUAAUUUGUGCUCAAAUCUGUGCUUGUUUCCACAUCGAAUCAGACACAGAGUAGUUUGUACAUCAUUAAAGGCAGUAAAAUCUGUGCUCUUUUCACACAAUUUUGAUUAAUCAUUUGAUGGGCCAUUUUGUUUCAAUUUAUUAUUAAAGGGCUGUAACAUGUCAACAGUUUAUUCGAUUCAGUAUGGUACAGUGGUGUCUCCAUUCAAAAUAUUUUUCAUCAGCAAAAAUAACGAGUGACUGUAAAUGUGCCUCAUGUUAAUGUACAAUAUUUGAAACAAAAGCUGUGCUUUUUAGUGCUCUAGUCUCUAAUUUGCGAGUUCCAAGCUAACUCAAUAGCCACAAGCUAACAUGCUAAUCAUGAUAGGAUAAAAUACGAUACGCUGCCAUUCAGUUCAAUGCAUUGUAUUGUUAGGUGCUCAGGUAUUGUGAUAUUUUGCAACAUUGCUCACUCUUCAAUCUAAUUUCUAGAAGUGCAGUCUUUUUAGCAGUGGUUUGCUGUUUGACCAACCUGCCAACAAAAGGACCUCAUAUCUGCUAUACUUGUUGCACUUUUGAGGUAAAUUUCUUACUCUCUUUCUCUCUAUCUCUCUCU